AUGAGCGCCGUAGGGGAUGUCGGGGCGGUUAAGUAUAACCUCGAUGGUUUCAUUCUUGAUGAUAUGUUCCUGAAGAAUAUGUCGGAACUUUAUGAAGGUAUUCUGAAGCCAAUUGCAGAUAUCAAUUUCGAGGAACAGUACAGUAUCGUGAAGUAUCUGGUUAACGAAUUGUCUCAGAAGAGAAAAAAUGCAUCAGAUAACAAGGUAGAUGACGACAAGUACAUGGCAGCUACCAUUGCCUUCGAGAUGAUCCAAUAUGUAAUCGAUACGUGUGACUACAAGUUGGGUGAACGAAUGAAGGAUUUGAAGUACAGGAGGGAUGAAAAAUCGGUCAGUGAGCUUGACAAACUGAAAAAUUUGAAGUUCAACCUCAAAUACGUCAACAAGAAGGGGUUUGUUGCUUACCAAUGCAACGAAAAGUUGGAGGUCAUCUAUCACAAAGACCAAGAAUCAAGGAAUACGUUUUGUUUCCUGAAUGAUUUCAUGUUCGCUAUGAUGGAACUAAGAGAACACGACGACCUACAGUAUAAUCCUGUUUGUGGAAAUGGGAAUGAGUAUGAUAGGUCUGAAUGGGAACACAUGCUGGUAUGCAACGAAUGUUUCAAUGCCAACAUCAAGAAGGUUUUGGCUUUCAUGAAGAAGAUCAUUGGUCAAGCGUACAGUAAGAUCAUGGAAUUUCCACUGGAACAGAUAAGGUUUUACCUGAAGUUGUUUGAUGUUUUCAUCAUCCCUUGCAAAACUCUCUUGGAAUGUUACAAUUUCAAAUCUGGGAAGUUUUCUUCUUUUGAGUUUAUGAACUUCAAGAGCUUCUACUACAAUAUCAUGCAACAUCAUGAUAAUCCCACUCAAUUGGAAUGUCUUCAAUGUCAUGAAUACUUCAGCAUUAUGGGUAUCUACGACAUUCUCUUUCUUGAUACUGCCAAAAAAAGCAACGAUUACAGGAUGCUCAGGAAUGAAAUCAUAGGGAAGAAUGAUGAGAUGAAACAGCUUGUGGAUGAAUUGCCAUCAUACAAAGCAAUCAUAGAUCAGUGGGAAUCGAAGAAGAUCAAGUAUGACGUCUGCAGUCUUUUCGAACAUUUCAACACUGUGAAAGAUAUUUUAUGCGUUCACGGAGGUAUGAAUGAUUUGUUCACCAGACAAGCAUUCCAGGAGCUUUGUUUGCCUAUCCUGAGGUCUUUGGAUGCAGUGUUGAAUGGAAACAAGGACACGUUGCAAACAUCUCUGAAAGAUGUGUAUGAUCCGGUCAUUGCGAACAUUGUAGCGUGCAUUGAUGGCAAGUGUAUCCAAGAACACAUUAAGACCAUUGAGAAGCUCAGAGAUGAAGGAGUGCAGUCUUUAAUCAUGAAGGAGUGUGGUCAGGAGACUAAAGGAUUCAUGUACCAGUUUAAUGAGCCGGAGUUCGUUGAAGUGUACGAUUUGGUUAGAGCCAUCAUCAAGCUCAACGAGGAUUAUCACAGUGGGUUCAACCAGUUCGUUUGCUGUGACCAAGGCACUGGCAAGAAUGGUGAAUUGGUGGCCGAGUACAAGAUGAUUCAUCCUCUGAUGCCUUUGUUGCACUUCAGAUUCAAACUGGAUGAGUUUGAUUGGGUGGGCCUCUUGAAGAACGUCAUGUCUACAAGCGCCGAGUUCUUUUCUGUCUGGAAGGAACAAUUGAAGGCACAAACGGGUUCCAUUCCUAUGAUGAUGGAUAUUGUGAUGUAUCCGAUUAAGUUCUUGAUGACCUUCAUGCACUCAAUCGUGGAGCCUGAGCUGGAUAGCAAGUACACCGAUGAAAUGGAAAAGUAUGUUUGUGCGAUCCAGACUUUUUUGAAUGAUGUCCAUUCAAUCAUUGAAUUUCGAAAAGUUCCACCGGGAUACAAUGACAUGGUUGAGAAGAUCAAAGUGAUCCGUCAAGAGAUUGAAAGGCGAAAUGUUCAAUUUGAACGUUUCAGAAAGAAUUUUAUGGAAGAUAUCAAGGAGAUUCAAGGAAAUAUCCAGGCAAUCAACCAAGACCAAGAGAUCGAAGCUCAGGACAAGCAGUUUGAAGCAGAGAUCCAGGCAAUCAACCAAGACCAAGAGAUCGAAGCUCAGGACAAGCAGUUUGAAGCAGAGAUCCAGGCAAUCAACCAAGACCAAGAGAUCGAAGCUCAGGACAAGCAGUUUGAAGCAGAGAUCCAGGCAAUCGACCAAGACCAAGAGAUCGAAGCUCAGGACACCGACAAUCAAGCAGUCAAGAAAAAGACAAUGAAACGGAGAGUUGGUGGCAUCGAAAUCGACAACAUUAGAACUGAAGGAAAGAGACUGCGCGUUGCCACUCCAGCCAUGCAGGCAUGGAGGGAGAAAAUUCUGAAGAAGAGGAAUUGA